GCUGCAUCUGCUGGCCAAUGAGCUUGCUUCCUGCGUACGCUCCCCUGAAAAUGGGCGGAGUGUCAUAAAGUUGUAUCAUGGCAUUAAUGUGAGGCAUUGACAUAAGGUUAAGGCACCAACAUAAGUAAGGCAUGGGACAGUCAGCAAAAAAGGUCGGAGGCACGGUAAGGAAGGCAAGGCAAGGUUGAAUUGGAUGGUUAUGCAAUUGUGCUCGAGUCGUAUAUAUCUAUAGAGCCGUGUAAGGAAAUGGCCGGAGCAUGUUGAUACGAAGCGGUCCUUUCCCUGCAAAGAAUUGGCCGUCUCAUCUGGUGUUAUGGAUAGAGCGGUCUUGCCUACGACUCCCAUAGAAGCAGCAGUAACCUUAUUGAAUCAUCACGAAAACAGGAAGCGUCAACCCAUCAGCACCCCUCCCAAGUGUCAAUCCUCUGGAAAAGGAAAGAAAUGCCCAGAUCUUUUCCCCCUUCCAGAUUGCUCAGGGGUUUUCGAUGAACGUUCCAAUUUCACAAAGUGAAAGCAAAUCGAUCGCUUGUGCCAUCUCCAUAGUUAUAGUAUAUAUGGUAAGCCGAUUCGUCGAUGGAUUGAUUGCCAGGUUCCAAUUCGGGGAGAGGAAGAACGCACGCACGCACGCACGCCCGCCCGCCCCGUAGGAAAGAAAACAUAAAUGACGAGGCUGUCGCCAAUUCCGCUGCGUCAAGGUCUUCCUUGGGAACCCGCGAAUACUCGUACGAUGGUGCACAUACUGCGCGCCAAGUGUAGGAAGCAAUCAAUCCCGAAUGAAUGCCGUGUAAUUAAGUUGGGAGGCACGUCGUAGGCUAAUUGUCUGUGAGAACGCUGUAGCCGCAGGGAAGCAGCAAGAUACGGUGUGUGUGGGUGGUGUGUGUAUGGAUGUAUAUAUUUAUUAGAUGAACCGAUAGAAAGCGGCUGGUGUCUGUCUCGCCCCAAAAGAAAACACAUGCUUUCGGGGAUUUGACGAUUGCGAUGCCAUGCGAUGCGAUGCGAUGGGAUGAGGGAAAAGCACAGGCAGGACUCCUCCGUGUAGGUCAACGUUGCCAAGGUGCCGAUGAAGAUUACUUGCUCGGUCGGGAUCACGGGAUGGCUCACAAGUACCAUGAGUAAGAAUAUACGAUUGGAGUCAACAUCAACAUCAACGUCAACGUCAACGUCAACGCCAACACCAACUUCAUUUCCCAUUUCUUCCGUCUACGGGCACCAGUGAUUAUUUACAUCGUCGGAAGCUUUCUUGUUGUCGGAGUUAGUCGGCUUUGCGAAUUGCCGGUCAUGGUUCACCAAGCAAGAGCUAAGAAUGAUCUUGAUAGAGUUUUGUCUGUGUCGGUGAGAAGGUUUCUCAAUUCUACAAUCGCCGGCGCACCGUCCGUGAAUGAGAUUUGAUUCCUGAUUCCAUACAGAUCAAGCAUUGGACGACAUGUUUUGCCAAGGGUUCGUUCGGAUCUAUCCACCGGCUCUUCCUUUCCUAAUUUGGCUGUUUCAAGGUCCCGAUAAGGAAAGAAGCUCUCCCCGCUUUCUGGUGUUCUGCAUUGAUUCCCCUUCCCCUUCCCCUUCCCCAGCCAUUCCAUAUCGUAAACGCCCUCUAUAUCAAUCAGCAUUGAGCAUCCAACCUUGUGUUCAACCUUCUCACUUCUUCUCUUUUGCUCAAUUUUGAAUCUUUUAAGGGGGUUUGUUAUUCAUCGUCACAAUCUCCGACGAUCUGGCGCGCAGGCAAAAGAAGUCCGCUGCUGCAAGACCAAGAUCUUAUCCGCAACGUCUUCCUCAUUCCACGCCUCCACCUGCAUCAUCGCUGAUCACAAGAAUACGAGCCAAAACGAAAGCCGAGAACACUUUUGCAAAUUUUGUUGUUCCCCUGGCUGGACUUUUAACCGCGGUGUCGACGCGUCUAUACGAUAUGGGUGCUUCUACCAAGAAGCCGCAUGCACAAGGGCAUGUUGGCGUAGCAGAACGAGUGUUAAAUAUGUGCUCUUCGUCUCCGAGACAAGUAAGCGACGAGGACUCGGAAGAGGCGCCGCUUCUUCGAAAAGAAGCCAGUGGUUCCGAGCACUCAUCUGAUUCCGCUUCGGGCUCUUGGAAAGCCAAAAGUCAGAAGGCGAAAUUGAGAUGGUUUAUUCAUAGCACUUUGGGGGUCGUGGGAGUUUUGUUGGUAACGAUUGUGAUUAUUACCGCUUCUCUAUUCUUCACCGUUCGCUCGCCUCAAAAGCAAAUCCUUCAGCAAAGCACAUGCGACUCCGCAGCAUGCGUUCACGCCGCUUCCGAAAUUCUAAACAACCUUUCUCCCAAAUAUACAGAGCUUGAUGCGUGUUCGAAUUUCGAAGAACUAGUCUGUGGUGGAUGGAGAGAUCAUCACGAUCUGAGACCCGAUCAAGGUGAUGCCUUUACAGGAACAAUCAUGAGUGAGAAUUCACAAACUUUGUUGAGGCACAUACUUGAAGGAGAUUAUCCCAAAGAAUCUAAACACUCGAGCUUCUCUCCCGCCAUGUUAUCAUCAUCUCCCGCUUCAGUGGACGAAGAGAAUUUUGAUAAACUCAAGGCAGGCUACAAUGCAUGCAUGAAUGAAACCAAGAUUAAGACUGUUGGCAUCACUCCUUUACAAGAAAUAACGAAGCAAUUGACCGAUAUGUUUUCGGUUCAAGGCGACAAGCACUUGCUCAUGAAGUCAGAGGACCAUAGUAGUCUCACAGACACUAUAGAAUACAUGGCUAAAUUGGGAUCUUCGGCACUUAUAUCAUCUGGCACCGGACCUGAUGACAAAGACCCCGACACCGUCAUCGUCCAGGUAGCACCUCCUUAUAGAAUCGGUCUCCCAUCUAAAGAGUAUUACGAUAAUGAAAAGGUAGUAAACGAUUAUACUCAGACUAUUGCACAAGUCAUCCCCAAGUUUCUACCAGAGCAUCAAAACAGCAAGGGUCUUCAUCGUGACAGCAUUGCUGCACAAGACAAAGCAGCAGACCUUGCCCGUGAUGUAGUUGCUCUUGAGAAGAAAUUAGCUGCUGCCUCUCCAAACAAUGAAGACAGGGACGACGUUACAAAAACUUACAACCCAAUGUCACUUCAAGAGGCUGACAAACUGACUCCACAAAUUCAUCUCUCUAAAAUCAUUCAUAGUUUGAUUCCUGCAGAUGUUCAUCUUGAUCGAUUGAUCAUUGCAUCGCCAAGUUACAUGCACGCAUUAGCAGACGUACUAAAGACUACUCCAAAGGAAACAUUACAAACAUACUUCGUAUGGAAGCUCAUUCAGACAUUCUACACAGAGAUUGAAGCAGAUGAGCUAAAACCUUAUCGAAAAUUUAUCAAUGAGCUUCAAGGGAAGGAUGCGGAUUCUCAACCAGAACGAUGGAGAACUUGCGUGUCACAUGUUGACGAUGGACUCGGUUGGAUUUUGAGUCGAUUCUUCGUAGAGAAGGCCUUUUCUGCUGAUGCCAAGGACUUUGGAGAUCAGAUUGUCUCUGAUAUCAAAGAGAUGUUUAUUGAGAAACUCAAGGCAACUACAUGGAUGGAUGAUAGUGUCAUUGAUUUGGGCAUUGAGAAAGUACACAAGAUCGUUCAGAAGAUCGGAUAUCCUACACAGAGCCCCGAUAUUAUGGAUCCGGAGAACCUUCGCAGUUACUACCAAUCUGUUCAGGUAUCGCAAUCGGCUUAUUUCAAGAACUCCUUGAAUAUGAGACGAUUUGAUAUUGCGCGUGAAUGGUCAAGUCUGGGAAAGCCAGUUGAUAGAAAUGAAUGGGGUAUGACAGUACCAACAGUGAAUGCUUAUUAUAACCCACCCGGAAACGAAAUUGUUUUCCCAGCCGGUAUAAUGCAAUUCCCAGUCUUCGACGUAGCCGUUCCUCAAUAUCUGAGUUACGGUGCUUUUGGUGCUGUUUCCGGACACGAAUUAUCUCAUGCAUUUGAUUCUACAGGUCGUCAUUAUGAUCAAAAUGGCAACUAUACUGAUUGGUGGACACCAUCUACAGUAGCUGCAUUCAAAGAGCGUGCACAAUGUUUCAUCGACCAAUACAGUAAUUACAGCAUUCCCGGUCCAGAUGACAAACCUCUUUACGUCAAUGGCAAACUCACCUUGGGUGAAAACAUCGCAGAUGCCGGAGGACUUUCUGCCUCUUUCGCUGCAUGGAAGAAACGUCAAGGGGAGAGUAAUGAGAAGAAUCAAAAUCUUCCAGGAUUAUCAGAGCAUUUCUCGCAAGAUCAAUUGUUCUUUGUUAGUUAUGCUAACUGGUGGUGCGGAAAGACUACUAAGGAAACGGCAAUUAAUAGACUCUAUACCGAUCCACAUGCACCAAAGUGGGCAAGAGUAUUGGGUACAAUGGCUAAUAGUCGAGAAUUUAAGGAGGCUUUUAGUUGUAAGGAGAAGGAACCAGUAUGUAAGUUGUGGUAGGGGAAUUUGGGAGUAAGGGUUUUGAUGGGAUGAUUGAAAUGGGUGUUGGGUUGUAGGAGUUGUAUUAUGGAAUUGGAUGGACAAAUUGUAUAUUGGUAUAUGUGUAUGGUUAUGAGUAUGGGUACGGGGGAUAUGAUUCGAUUGGAAUGGAAACAGGAUUGGGAUAGGUAACAAAGAGGGGUAGGGUCAUUGGAUGACGAUUGCACAUGUACGAAUAUAUUAUAUGCACAGAAACUGAGUUUAUUAUUGUUCAUUA